CCGGCCGCGCUAGGCACUCGCCUGGAGCGCGCGGGCGAGGCGGGCGCAGCGCACCGGGGCUCUCCGGGCCGCAGAGCGGCGCGCUCGCACCGCGGCUCUCGGCGGCGGCCGGGGCGCAGGGCGAGCGAGCGUCCAAGGAAAGGCGGCUGCGUCUUCCGCUCGCGGCCCCGCUCCCUGUCCCCAGCCCGGCGCGGCCACCUCUUUGCCAUGGCUCUGGCGGACAGCACACGUGGAUUACCCAACGGGGGUGGCGGCGGCGGUGGCAGCGGCUCCUCCUCGUCCUCCGCGGAGCCGCCGCUCUUCCCAGACAUUGUGGAGCUGAACGUGGGGGGCCAGGUGUAUGUGACCCGGCGCUGCACGGUGGUGUCGGUGCCCGACUCGCUGCUCUGGCGCAUGUUCACGCAGCAGCAGCCGCAGGAGCUGGCCCGGGAUAGCAAAGGCCGCUUCUUUCUGGACCGAGACGGCUUCCUCUUCCGCUACAUCCUGGAUUACCUGCGGGACUUGCAGCUCGUGCUGCCCGACUACUUCCCUGAGCGCAGCCGGCUGCAGCGCGAGGCCGAGUACUUCGAGCUGCCUGAGCUCGUGCGCCGCCUCGGGGCGCCCCAGCAGCCCGGCCCGGGGCCGCCGCCGCCGCACUCGCGGCGCGGGGUGCAAAAGGAGGGCUCACUGGGCGAUGAGCUGCUGCAGCUGGGCUACGCGGAGCCCGAACAGCAGGAGGGCGCCUCGGCCGGGGCGCCGUCGCCCACGCUGGAGCUGGCCAGCCGCAGCCCGUCCGGGGGCGCGGUGGGCCCGCUGCUCACGCCGUCCCAGUCGUUGGACGGCAGCCGGCGCUCGGGCUACAUCACUAUCGGCUACCGCGGCUCCUACACUAUCGGGCGGGACGCGCAGGCGGACGCCAAGUUCCGGCGAGUGGCACGCAUCACGGUGUGCGGCAAGACGUCGCUGGCCAAGGAGGUGUUCGGGGACACCCUGAACGAAAGCCGGGACCCCGACCGGCCUCCGGAGCGCUACACCUCGCGCUAUUACCUCAAGUUCAACUUCCUGGAGCAGGCCUUCGACAAGCUGUCCGAGUCGGGCUUCCACAUGGUGGCAUGCAGUUCCACGGGCACCUGCGCCUUCGCCAGCAGCACUGACCAGAGCGAGGACAAGAUCUGGACCAGCUACACCGAGUACGUCUUCUGCAGGGAGUGAGCCCCGCAGACCCCUCAGAGACUCCAGGGCAUCCAUUCCCCCACCUUCCUGCCUAGGAGAGGAUUGUAGAUCCACCCCACCCCUGUCUUAACCCCUGCCCUUCAUUCUGCUGUGUCCCACCUCCGGUAGCUGGGCGAGACCCACUUACCCCCGACUUCAGAAUCUGCAGCCGCAAAUCCUCUCGGGUUCUUUUUCUUUUUUGGGCCCCACCAACCGAGAGAUCCCAAAUAUAUCCCCUCCACCCCGUGCUUCCUCUGUUCUGACCUCAAACUAUCCCUCCCACGAAUUGUCCUUCAGUCUGGAUCUGGCAGGACAGUGUGGCCACAGAGUCACCAAGUACCUGAGAAUGACUGAAUUAAAAAUCCGAUUGGACCCUGUCCAGUGUGUGGAAGAUUCCUGGAAAUCUUCUUAAGCUCUUCUGAUUCGUUUGCGGUUUAAGAAAUCAGAAUUGUAACACUGCCUGGGAUAGUGUUUUAAAAGGCCAUUACAGUCUUUUGACCCUCUUUAAAGGUAGGGUUUUAGAGGGCUGGGUGGAAGACUCUGGUCCUGGAAUUAGGAUCCCUUGAAGGCGGUUCAGUGACUGUAAAUGAAUAAAGUUUUGAAAAGUUAACGAUAGAAGAAUGUGGUGCUGACACUAUGAAGGAUCGGAUCUUUUCCACGCAGAAUUAAAGGUUUUCGCGUGUGGUUUAAAUUUGUAGAAAGCUACCCUCCUGCCUGAGGAGGCACCCUUUCUCCUGGGCUCACCGCUAGAAGCCCUUGCUUAGACUGGUUGACAUGACAGCCGUUUUUGGCCAGAGCGGAAAAGAGCGCUGCUGCUCCCAAGGACAAGACAGCCCAGGUCACCUGGCACUGUGGGAGGCCACCUGGCAGUGACUGUAAAUGGAGCUCGGUAGUAAUGCACGUCGUGGGUAUUAGGAAAGCCUGACUUCUUACAGUGAAUGGCAGUAGGACCUUAGCUCUUAAGACUUGGGGGAUGGGGGGGAGGGAGGAAGUAGGGUAGGAGGGGUGGGAAGGGAGGAGCCGCCAUACUCCGUUUAUUAUUUGAAAGUUAAUAACUGUGUAUCAUCGUUUGAGUACAUGCACAUUAAAAAAAUCGCAUAUAAAAACAUGCAAAGCAUUUUAUAAAGAUUAAUAACAGAUUUACUCCUAACUGGCAGUAUACUGAGCUGUUCGAGUCCUAUACGUAGAAGUUGCUGAUACUUAUAUAACCUAACCAAAGAGUUACCCAGUAGGGUUUUAGUUUUCGAACUUUAUUUCUUGUUAAUUAUAAAUCCUGAUUUUAAAAUCUAUUUACUUGAGCAAACUAUGUUUGAUUUUGGUUACUUAGACUUAGGAUCUCUUAUAAAAAUCACUUUCUCCGCCCAGCCAAUGUUGACUUCUGGGCAAACCUGGAAAAUGCCACGUCUUUUCAUGCAGAUUGUUUGACAUUAAGGUGGAAUCUUCUGGAGGGAUGGAGCUGCAGAUAUCUAGAAGCACCAAGGGCUGCUCAUCUGUAGAUAGCUGUAAAAUGUAAUAUUUUUCAGUGCAAAAAAGUACUUAAAAGUGAGUUGAGCAAUAAAAUGGUGUUUUAGUUAAAUGCAAAAGAAACAGAGGAGACCUGGUUGCCUUAUACCUUUACUCUAACAUGGAAUAAAUUCCCACUUGAUAUCUUAUCUACACGUAAGUGAAAGGAAAUGCCUCCUUGUCUUUCAUGCUGUGAGGCUCCUUUAGAUUUCUGUGUUGAUGGAGAAGCCUUUCCUUUUUGAUUUGUUUCAGCAUCUUUCUCUGAAGUAAGUUUUUAAGGAUUUUGUAAGAGUUGUUUCCAGUGUUUAAAUUAGUGCUAUUUUUCCUUCUUUUUAAAAAUGAAUCUUGUACUGUAUCUACUAUGUCCAUAAUAGACGUUAAGAAUUGGAACAAUUUUAUUCUUAGACUCAUGUUAUCCAAUCUGUAUAUAUCAUAUAUAAACAUUUUACACGAAUCAUUUAGUUUUUUAAUUCAUUUACUAAUGCUAUAAAAUUUCUUGUAUUUACCCUCAGUAACUUGCAUCAGAUGGUGUAUAUACUAAAGUAACCUGUUUUAAUGAGUUUCUUAUAUCCUUGACUACAGGGAAAUUGGGUUAGGAAAAACUACAUAAUAUGAGACUGAGUUUUCUCCAUCCUUUUUUGCUUGGUUAUUAGUUGUAUACUAACAAUAUGUCAAUUGUCCACUUAAAACAAGGUGCCUGUAUUGUUAACCUAUUAAUUCUUUUUAAAAUGUUUCUUUACCUGGGAAAGAGUUUUGAAGUUUUUCACUGGGGUUACAUUUUUGGAAAAGUAAAGUUAGCUUUAUAUACAAAGAUUAUAACGGUAAAGGAAAUGAAGUAGAAAUCCAGGAAGUUGUGUUUGCUUAUAUGUUGGGUGUAUUCUCAGACUAGAUAAUGCAUCAAAACUUAAAUCUGUUUCAAUCCUGAAAUAAUUUAGGAAUGUCACUCGCUGGCCAAAAGAGUUUCACAGAGAUUUCUCCUUUAUUUUGUUAGAUUGCUUAACAAAAAGCGUAUAACUGAGAAUGAGAACAUAUUAGGACAGAUUGAAACCACUGAUAGAUGGUAAGACUCUUGAGAUUCUGACUUGUUAAAUCUGUACAACUCCAGGAAUCAUGGGAACCUGCUAAAAUCUGUCUCUGCCACUCAUGUCUUAAAUGAGUUUUAUCUUGUAAAACUUUGAAUUGGAACUAUUCCGCUUCUUUGUGUGUACAUCUUACUCCUCCACACACUCUUGCUGCCCUGUUGAUUCUCUACCCCUUUCAUUAUUUGACAGACUGGAAAUUUAAUGGUUAGAGACAGUAAACUGCCCCCUUUUUUUUAGGGAUGACUGUCCCCUCUACAGUUGGCAGUCAGUACAUGAAAAUAUUCUACUUUUAGCCCAAAGUAAAGGUUGGGUAGGAAACUCAUUUUACAUUGGGUACACAGCAUAACUGAGGUUAGGUGACCUGGCCUGGGCACUUUUGGGUCCCUUCUCCACGUGCUUUGGGCCACGGAAGGAUCUUUAACAGUUUACAAAGUGGGCUGGACUGUUGGUUGUCAUCUGUGAACUUGAUGGCAUAUUGUGGGUUCAUUUGAGUAAACCUUCCAAAGACACCAUUGGAAUAACCUGGAAAGAUGUCAGAAAUUAUUCAGAUAUAAUUAUGACCGCAUUAACUUGACUCUCUAGCAUGCAUUUACAUAUGUAAUGGCUUGAUUACCAUUUGGUUCAUAAAUGAGUGGCACAACUGAGUGGCAUUAGAUUUUAAUAACAAGUUUAAUUUUUAAGAAAGAAUUGUUGAAAAAACAGGUACUGUGUUCAGUGCUUUUACACCAAGUGUUUGACAAGUUGUCUGAUUUUUAAUAUGUGUAGACAACUAUAUUCUAAUUUUUCAAAUUAUAUGUUGUGGAAAAUAUUCCUUGAAGGUUUGAGACGUAAACAUUUUUUUCCCCUUUCAAUACUGCUUUCAUUCUUGUGUUUAUUAAUUUGAUUUUUGGCAUUGAUAGCAAAGUAGUAAUUUGUGAUACUAGCCAAAAUUACCUUCUCUUUCAAACCAGAUCUAUAUAGUCAUGGGGCCUGUUGCUUCUCUGAGGAAAUGCAUAAUCUGUGAGACUCAGACAAAAUGGGCAACUGGCAAUGUUCAUAGCAGACUCCCAAUUUUUAUUGGAAUUUUCCAUGCAAUGUUAUUAUUACAUUGAAGCCAUGUAAGGUGAAGCUGUGAUAAUUUUUUACAUUUUAAAUUAUGGUAAAUUCUAAUCUAAUAUUUAAAACAUUUUUGUAUGCCACAGGAAAAAUGCUCAAUUAGAGUGAAGGCGUUUAGAAAAGUAUUGACUGGAGGGGAUGAAUUCUUUAAUUUCUUUUAUAGUCUGAAUCAUAAAUACUUUACUAAAUGGACUUAAAUUUCUAAAAUAGUAAAUAAUAUUUUUAUUAUAACCCUACCGGAGUAAAUCCUUUGAAAUUUUUUUUCCUUACUAUAUAACUCAUUUAAAAACUAAAUUAGUUUUCUUAGGUGACCUAAAACUGUCUCUUGAGAAGUAAAUAAAAUACUCUUGUGUUUCCAGUGGCUAUAGUAACUGAGAUAGGGUUACCUAGACCCAGAAACAAGUUACGUUGAAGUUAGUACCUUUUCUUUGUCACAGUUUUGGACAAUAAAAAUCCAAAAGCCUGAAGAUUAAGAUUCUCUGCUGGGACUCUGGAAACUUAGAAGAAAUUCAACCAGAAUAUCUACAUUAGAAUAUAAUCUUGUGUGGUAUAGAAAGGUGGACUAGUAACCAAGAAUUCUUGUCACCUGAAGCAUUUUAUGAUUUCCCUAGCUAAAUUUUUUUUAAAAAAUGUGUUUUGAAGUAUGUGAACAUCAAUUGUAAUGUAAACUAUUAUACAACUGUCUUUGUGACCUCAUAGGCAGGUGAAUUUUGCUAUUACUAUUGAAUAUAAAUGAUGACAAUUCAUUUAUGACCAGUCAAACAACAUUAGUGACAUUUAAUGACAAAAGGUUAAAAUGUCCAUCUGGAUCUUAAUUUUGAAGAUGUAGAUUAUAUGUUAUCUACAUUUUUCAGGGCAUCUGAAAAACUCUUAUCUGCUAAGUAAUGUAAGAUACCCAUGGAGCUAUCUGGGAUUAUGAAAUUGUUGAAAAUAUUAUAUGCAAAGUAUAACACAGCAUUGAGACAUUUUUUUCAAAAUAGAAGGGGAAAGGGAAAAAAAUCAUUAUAUGAUUAUCAGACUUUUCUAGUGAAACAGAAAGCCAAAAGAAAAAAAAAAACCGUCCUGCUAUAUUAAAAAAAAGAUUUUGGCUGAUGAAGUCUUUUCAGACUUGCCCAAGUUUUAAGUGAGAAUUAAUUUCUUCAACCACCUAAAUACUCUAGAGAUUUUUAUUCCCCCUGCUCACAACCAGUUGUAUAACAGAAAUACUCGAUACUGUUUUCCUCCCUGUGUGUGAAGUAAUGAAUCAUUGAUUAUGUGACUUGUUAUAUAUUCUAUUAAACACUAAAGAAUAAAACAUUCACUCCUUUAAUUAUU